AUGUUCUACCCGCAGGACCUGCCCGACUUCAAAGUGUGUACUCCAAACCCCUGCCCUAUACCUCCUCCCGCUCUAUACGGGGACCUAGUCAUGUGCCCACAGGCUACGGGCCCUGAGAACGUGCGGGACAGUCUAGGCAUGAGGCAGUCAGUGACGCUGACCGGAAAGGAGACUGAGAUUGACAUUGAACCCACAGACGAGGUGGAGCGAAUCAAGGAACGUGUGGAAGAGAAAGAGGAAAUCCCCCCAGAGCAGCAGCGGCUCAUCUAUAGUGGUAAACAGAUGAAUGAUGAGAAGACAGCAGCUGAUUACAAAAUCCUAGGUGGUUCAGUCCUUCACCUGGUGUUGGCUCUAAGAGGAGGAGGUGGUCUCAGGCAGUGA